CCACUUUUCAAUUUCUGGCUUUUUCCACUUCCUUCGAUUCACUAUUGCCACUCACCUUAUCACAGCAUCAAAAUCAAAAUUAUGUUACACUUGGAACCAUCAUAACACUUGAGAGAUAUUUUAAGCAUUGGAUCUCUCUCUAUAUAUAUUGAGCAUCCACAAACACAGAGAAUCCCCAUUCAUUAUCGUUUUUGUUGGAACAUAUAGAGGAAGCAAAUUAAAAUGGUUCUGCUAGAGAAGCUCUGGGAUGAUGUUGUAGCUGGGCCUCAACCUGAUCGUGGGCUUGGUAGGCUCAGGAAGAUCACCACCGAAAUCAAAGAUGAAGGAGAUGGAAGCAGCUUCAAGAAGAGCACGUCGAUGCCGACGACCCCACCAACCCCGGGGACGCCAACGUCACCGGGGUCGGCGCGUAAGGCAGAUAACGUGUGGAGGAGCGUGUUCCACCCAGGGAGUAACUCUGCCACCAAGAGCAUUGGUGCUCAGAUGUUUGACAAACCACUCCCCAAUUCUCCCACUGUCUAUGAUUGGCUCUACAGCGGCGAGUCAAGGAGCAAGCACCGCUAAGCUGCGUGCAGUGCAUGAAAUAAUGUAAAUACUCUCAUAUUAUAAUUAUAAUAAUUAGCAACUGAAAUGUAAAAGAAGAUUAAUUAUUAUUAGUAUGCUCGAAUUUGGGCAAUGACUUUUUUGUUUCUGUUUUCGAUUUUCCCUCUGGGAUAAAUCAUAAGUAUAAUCGAUUAUGUAGUUAAUAUUAUGUUAUAUAUUAAGAUGAAUAAAAGUGUGUUACUACUUUGUUA